CCGCCGUCCCCGAUGUCGGACGACCCCAGCCCGCCCCACGCCCCCGCAGAGCCGUCCCCGCCGCCACCCCCGCCCGCUGCGCUGGGCUCGCCGACCGACUUCCUCAAGGGCGUCGUCGGCAAACGCGUCGUAGUCCGUCUCACGUCUGGCGUCGACUACCGCGGCGUUCUCUCGUGCCUGGGUGGGUACAUGAACAUCGCCCUCGAGCAGACCGAGGAACACGUUGCCGGCAUCCUCACCAAUCGCUAUGGAGAUGCGUUCAUCCGCGGCAACAACGUACUGUACAUCUCGGCCUCUGAGCCGCUCUGAUCUGAAAAUGCAAUGUCAUCAUCGUCGAGGGACGCGACGCGCCUACCACCCUUGCCAUUUCCGUUGCGUCUGAGCGAGACGGAACACUCAGGCUGUGGACUCUAUUGGUCAAGUACUCGCCCUGUAACGGUAACGAAUUCAACAUAGAUUGAGAUACUGAACCUUUCAUGGUGACCCUCCAUCAUCAUCAAACCCGGA